AUGUAUCCAGGCUUGUCAGGCGGAGCUUUCCGCACCACCAUACGACGGCUUUCCGCUAAAUCCGGAUCCCCAGUACAGCCCAAUUCAAAGCUUGUCACCAGAAAAAGAGUGUUGUUGGCUGCGGGAAUCUUCACGGCAGCCUUCGUAGGGACCAACGAAACGUCUCGGGAUGUAGUGAAGCAUGUGGGCAUGACAUCCAGACGAGUGGGAGUAGUCACACAAGCUACGAUCCGGUGUCUCUACAACUAUCAGCGGGUGCUGAAGCGCGAUUUCCUCACGGACGAAGAUCGUCGCGUCGCUCUGAGUCAAUGCCAUCGACUCUGUGCUGAUAUCACUCUUCGCGCUUUGGAAGCAAACGGUGGUGUCUUCAUCAAACUUGGCCAACACAUCGCUGCAAUGACCUAUCUGUUGCCCUCAGAGUGGACAGAGACCAUGGUACCAUUGCAGGACAAAUGUCCACAGUCAACGCAAGCUGAAAUCGCUGGUUUGUUCAGACAGGAUCUGAAGCAGGGCAUGGAUGAGAUUUUCAUUGAGUUUGACCCCCAACCUAUCGGCGUUGCAUCUUUGGCACAGGUGCACAUCGCAAAGCUCAGGGAAAACGGUCAAAAAGUCGCAGUGAAAGUCCAGCAUCCUUCUCUCAAGGAGUUCGUGCCCAUAGACGUACUUUUAACUCAAACAGUGUUCAACAUCGUCGACGUCGUUUUUCCAGAGUACCCACUGGGCUGGUUGGCGGACGAACUCCAAAAUUCCAUUUACGUGGAGCUGGAUUUUACCAAAGAGGCUGCCAAUGCGCGCCGAACGGCAGAGUACUUCGCGGACUAUAUUCCGGAGACUGCGCUGCGAAUCCCAAAAGUGGUCAGCGCUAACAAGCGAGUCCUGAUAAUGGAGUACAUUGGCGGGCACAGGCUGGACGAUCUGGCCUACAUCGACGACAACCGCAUUUCUCGCGCUGAAGUUUCAUCGUGUUUGUCUCACAUUUUUAACAACAUGAUCUUCACUCCAAACGUGGGUAUCCAUUGUGAUCCACAUGGCGGCAACUUGGCUAUUAGACACAUCGACCGGACCCGGGGCCACCACAACUUCGAAAUUAUAUUGUAUGAUCACGGCCUGUACAGACAUCCAACCACGGAAAUGAGACGAGAUUAUGCCAAGUUUUGGCUCGCACUUUUGGACAAGGACGAACCUAACAUGAAAAAGUACGCCAAGAAAUUUGCCAAAAUCGAAGAAGAACAGUUCCCACUUUUUGCGGCUGCAAUCACCGGCAGGAGCAUCGAUGCUGCGCAGAGCUCUGAUCUCUUCAAGCCCAGGUCUGAUGAGGAGAUCAAAGUAAUGGCCAAGGCAAUAACCGAGGGCUCACUUUUGGGUGAUUUGAUGACGAUUCUUUGUCGUAUUCCAAAAGUUGUGCUACUCAUUUUGAAAACAAACGACUUGACACGACACCUGGACGAGUGCUUGGAAAAUCCCUUGAGUGUCGAGCGGACGUUUUUAAUCAUGACCCAGUACUGCGCACGGACAGUAUACGACGAGAUGCGCCAAAACAUAAAUCUCACCUGCCACCGCUGGUCGAUUACAUGGAUACUAAGAGAAAUAAAAGCAUGGUGGGAAUACGAAAAGAGGAGAAACCAAUUGGUAAUUUACGACUUUGGCUUUUGGUUCAGAAACCAAUUCCUGAGCUCUCAUUAG